AUGGCACCGGAGCCGGCUGUGCUACCCGAAGAUGCCCUGACGGAGGUACUCCGGCGCCUCGCGCCGCACAGCCUAGCCGUAUCCCGGCUUGUCUGCACGGGCUGGCGCGAUACUAUCAACGCCCGCCUGCGCGGCCACCUGCUAUCCCGCUCGGUGGACGGGAUCUUCAUCAACUUCACCCAGCUUAGAUUUUCCGAGUUCUUCUCAUGUCCCUCGACGGGCCCGGCGAUCUGUGGAGGGCUCAACUUCUUGCCCUGCAUGGGCGUCAGGGUCAUGGACCACUGCAACGGGCUCUUGCUUUGCCGCGGUCUGGGGCACGAGUGCGACAAGGCACUGCCGAGCGAUUAUGUCGUCAACCCGGCCACACGUCGGUGGACGCGUUUGCCCCAAUGCCCUCCGCCACACAUGCCGGGAUUCGACCAGAGUGCCUACCUCGCAUUCGAGCCAGGCGUGUCGCCGCAGUACGAGGUCUUUCUGAUCCCGCGAGUGCUGUGUGCCGGCGUGUCUGACGAUGAUGCAUUGCUUGGAUCAGAGUGGCCUCCCGCAUCAUACGUCAUUGAUGUGUUCUCGUCGGCGACUCAGUGGUGGGACACGACGACCUUCGUUCGGGAAGGGGAGGCCCCAGAGAUCAUUGGCUACAUGGAUUCACAUUGGUGGUAUAAUCGAUAUCAUUAUCAUGCCGUCUACUGGCAAAGCAAUCUCUACAUCCAUUGCCAGCAUGGCUAUCUCAUGAGAAUGUGUUUGUCAGAUCACACAUACAGAGUAAUUAAACUACCAGGUGUCAGUCCAUAUUUACCUAGAGGAUAUCCUGACCACCAUUUGGGUAAAUCACUGAGAGGGGUGUAUUGCGCAAUAUCUCAUAAACGGAGUCCGCUUCUUCAGAUUUGGCAUCUCAAUGAAUCUUGCAGCCGAAUAGAAUGGGUGCUAAACCAUGAUACCACUCUUAAGACCUUUGAGCACGAGGACUAUGCUCAACAACUGGGUAGACAAUGGAUCUUACAGGAUGUUAACUACCAUAAGUUGUUCUUUGAGCGUAAUGGUAAUAUACAUGAAAUUCACAGAGUGGCGGUGGAAGAGAAAUAUGAUUGGAACUCUAAUGAGGAUAACAUUCUUGACAUUGAAUAUGAUGUUGAAGAGGGAUAUGAGGAUACCAUUCUUCACGUUCAAGAGGGAUAUGAGGAUAAUGGUCUUGACUUCGAAGAUGAUGCUGACGAGCAUAACAUUCUUGAAUACGGAUAUUAUGGAAAUUAUUAUUUCCUCGGGUUUCAUCCUUAUAGAGAGAUUGUCUUCUUAAUUUCAUCAGGGAGAAAAACAAGAGGACUGGCCUAUGAUUGGAACAGCUCGAAAUUUCAGCACUUGGGAAAUGUGGGUUCAGCAUAUUACGACCCCAUCUGUGGACUACCAUGCGGAGAGACACAUGCAGCUUUCCCGUACACGCCUUGUUGGAUAGGCGAGUUUCCAGGAAACGAAAUAGAAUCGCUAUAUAAGGAUCAAGAGCUAUCUAGGAAAAAGAUGGAGUUGGAAGAGGAAUCCAACCUUACAUGCAUGGACAUAUACGAGAUGCGCAAGUUCCAUGGGCAUGCCAAGAGGAUCAAGGACUCUGCUGCCAAGAUUCGGCGCAGACGGCACUAG